GGUGGAUGGAGUUUGCGGAUCACUUACUACUUGCGGGUCAGCUGUGUCUAGUGCCUGGGCAGGUAUAUGCAGAUGACAUGGAGUGGUUUUUCCGCAUAUCUCACCCUUUCAUGACACCGACCCAGGCAGGUGACCAGCAGAGGGAUGCACCAGCUGCAGACCCUGAGGACUACAUACAGCCGCCCAGCACCCAAGUUCCAGUGGCAUUUGACCCCCCUCCAUAUGUGGAUGAUUACGAGGGAUAUGAGGCGAUUGCACAGAGGUUGGAGCGUGUGCUCAACUUUAGGAUAGUCACUGUAGGCACAAAGUUAUAUGACAUUAUGCAGGAUUGUCUGACGAUCGCGAGAGGGGGACCCAGUGCUGAUGGGACUGUCAAGGCUCGUCAGAGACGCCGCACGGACCAUUGA